UCAUUAGACCUCGGUUCGUCGAAUAAAUUGUGUUAUUUGAAAUUCUACAGACUAGCUGCCCGUAAAUCAAUUUAUAAACAAAAGACGCAUUAUUUCACGAACAAUUUAAAUUUGUGAUUCAAAAGAGGCUUGGUUGCGCGUCCUACGACUGAUCGUUCGAUUUGGUUUUCUAUCUUAUCAUCCUUUUGAAUUAAGUUCAGGGAGACAAAUAAUCCGACGUAUUUGGAGAAGAAUCGUAAUUCGUUGCGAUUGAAUAGAACAAAGUUUAGAGUUAAGUUGUCUCUAUUUUUAUUUACAUGAAUAUUUAUAAGUUGAGUACCAACGUAACAAAUUUUUAAAGCACAAUUUUAUAAUAUGCAAACAACAACCAAUUUUUUAAUAAAAAAGUAGAAACACACUAUUAAAAUACCAUGAAAAUACUUUUUCUUUCUUCCACAUCUUCUGCAAGUGUUAGAAUGCAACUACUCAGGUGGAUGUGAUAGUAUCGGCCAAUACUGUGGCUCAUUUUACUUCACCUUUUAUUUUACUACAUCGUGGCAAAUAAUUUUUUGAAUUCAACAAUUUUUUAGAUUUGUACCUAAAUUUGGAGUCAUUGAUCAUUCUCAAGGAUAAAAAAAAUAAAAAAAUAUAUUAUUAUAAGAUGCCUCAUAAUAUUAUCAACAUUAAAGUAAACAAUAGAAAGCAACACUUGGACUCAAUAUUAUAGAUUUGCAAGCAUAAAACAUAGUUCUACACGAUUUUUGGGUUUUGUGGCAGGGAAAAUUAAAGAAAAUGUAGAAAAAUAUUUCAUAAAUGAGUCUUUAUUGAAAACCCAAAAGCCAACAAUCCUGUUUUGCUUACGCCACCAUUUUUGCUAUAUAAGGAUGAACUUUAGUGUUGCAUUCAAAAGUUUUUAAUAUACGGUUUAAAAAAAUUAGACAAGUGAUACAUUUGAACUAACGGUAUUCUAAGUGAUAGAAAAAAUUGGUUUGGGAGGUUGCUGGAGGAGGACGAUUUUUAACAUUGAGUUUUCAAAUUUUUUACUUUUGUUGUUUUGUUUUUUUUUUGUGUUUCAAACAGUUUGCCUUUUUCAGAAAAUUUUCCAAUAAAAAGAAAAUAAAAUAUACAGAGAAAAACAUAUUAUAAAGGAUCAGGUUACAAUCGAUUUAACUUUCGCAUACAAUAUGUUUUAUUCCUCCGCACAGGCCCAUAACUUAGCUUUUAAUCAGUCAGGCGAAGUCCUUGUUAAUUAACUCUUUAAAGUUUUUAAUUACGCGCAAUCUUUAAUCUACUUUAAACCGGUACGACAUAAACCGAGAGCAAAAAGAGUGGAACAUGCCGGACUAACAUAAAUUUAAACACCUCCAUUAUCGCAAACGGCCGGCGUUAAUCGCAAGAAUACAGAAUCCGCGUAGAAAAACGAAGAAGAGUCGAACGAGAGAUAGAAGAAGUUCGGUAUCAAUUAAAUCCUCGCUUUUGGUCGUUUUUUCUGGAUCUACUGAACGAGUGAAGAUUGUGUACCGCGAUGGGCCCGAAAAAUAUUUGUUAUAAAAUGUAAUUCAUAUUUUGGGGUUUCGUCAAAUGUAAGGAUGCCUCGAGAAAUAUUUAUAAAUAACCCACAGAAUCGAAUCACUUGAAAUUAUACGUAAUAAGCGAAAAAAAUGGCACAUUUAAUUUAAUUUUGCUCUCAAUGAAACUUUUGCUAAAAAAAUUGCUGGUGCCUAAUUAACUGUUACAAUUUUUGAAAUGGAGAAAAGAUGCGUACAACUGUAUAAAUGUGAACUAUAAAUUAAGUAAAUACACAGGACCUGUCAGUUUAUUGUGGCAGGACAGUUGCCAAUACGUUUUAAACGAAAAAAAAAUCGUAAAAACAGUGAUCAACAAAUGUUUAGUUUUUGAAAUACGAUCUGUUAUACUUUUAAAAUAAUUAUGAGAUCAAAUUCUAGGCAACAAUUAUCAUGAAGAUCUAGAAUCUUUUAAACGUAAUCAUUUUUUAACAUCACCAGAGAUCUUAAAUAUUUCGAAGAAAAAAGAGAUUUCGCCACCACGUUUCUUGGAAAUUGUUCAUAUUUAAUCACUUUUGGGGUUUGCCUUAUCGAUAUGUGAAUUUUAAUAAAUCUUAUGAGAGAGUAAAAUGCUUAUGGAAAUAUCAUUAUCAUUUUAUUUAUGUCGUAAAUGGCAAAGGAGGAGAUCUCAUAUUUAGUACAAUUCGAAUAUAAAUUAAACUACAAUUCAUCCAUCCAAUUCUACUUAUGCCAAAAACUAGACAGAAAGAGCAUUUUUGCUAAUAUCAAUCAGUUCUCUACUAGAAACCGUGAAUACAGCGGAGCAAGAGGACUAGUUUAUAGUCCUUAAAGAUGUUUCUCCACAUGUUGUAUACUUUCUGUGUCUAAAAUCUACCGAACACAUCCUUGCCUAAGCAUUUUUUGAGUAUUUUGCAGGUUAGCUUCUACUUUCUUCUCUAUGGAGAAAGAAAAAUUCGAUAUUCCGAUAGAACUGGAUGAAAAAUGCAUUUUCAUUCGUAUGCGUAUCUCAAAUGUGAAUCAGUUUGCAUAUUCUGUUUCUCUCAGCAUCAGAAAACUCUGCUACUUUUAAUAACCGUAACUAAAUGCGAAUUACUCGAUUACCAUUACCUUACGUUGCGAUAUCCUCUACGCUAAUGGAGCCCAGCUGAGCGAACCAUCUUAGCACGCAUGCAGGAAUUUAUCGACAGAGGCUAAUCUAUAUUUACUUUAAUCGGACGUCUAUAAACAUAAAGGUAUAAUAUUCAUCGCCUUUUGCCUGUUUCCUCCCAAUUAAUAUUCAGACUACCGUAAAAAUUCGAUUUCAAUUAAACGAUGUUAAACUUUGCCUUGUUUGAAUUUGCCAAGCUUGAGAAGAUGGCAGCUCCAGCCGUGUAAAUUAUGAUCGCCAUUAUUAGGCGUAAUUUACUACAACUUUUUCGAUUAAAAUUGCGCUUUCGCAUUUUGAUUAUUUAUUAAGUGUUAUUACUUUGGUAUACAUAUAUUAAAGAUAAAUGGGGAAAAGUGGUGUUUUAAUAAGGAACAAUUUCUGGUGUACUAGCAAGCACCUUAAUCAGAGUCAAAUUGAAUUUCAAAAUAUGAUAAUAAGUGCUUCGUAAGUUCGUAAAUAUUAUCAUGUACAGCAAAAUAAUCCCGCAAGUCUGCAAAAUGUCACCAGUUUGUGAAAAGCAUUUGAGGAAAGGUCAGCAACGAAAAGCACCUACUGAAAUUGAAUUUCUAAAAUAAAUGCAGAACAUGUAAAUAUUACUCUAUUUUUAAGACAAAGUCGAUGGGAAAACAGCAAAUUAUUUCCAACUCAACUCAAGAACUACAACUUUGCAUAUUAUUUAAAAAAAUGAUUUUGUACUCCCUAUUGCACGAUAGAUACAGAUAUAGAGACCACGACCUUACUCUAAAAACUCCUACCCAAACUAUUGAGAUUGGAUCAACCUCGCUAUCUUAAAUGAGAAACAUUAAUUCAAAACCAGCCCCUUAUAAAUUGAUUUCGACAAAAUAGGAGAGUUAAAAUAACAGAAAGUUAAAAGUAAAAGAAAUAUUAAAAAUAUACUCUUAUUACUGUGUCGUUUUAUUGCGGAAUAAUUUUAACGGUCAAGUAUCAAUCAUGGGAUAAUUAUAAAUUUUUUGAAAAGUUAGCAAACAAAAAAGAUAUAAAUGAAAUCCUGAUAUGGAAAAAUAGUUCUUUGAAAAUAAAUUAUAAAAAAACUUACAUACACAAAUUUUAUCAUCUUUUUAGUUCUGUUUAUGGCGGUUUUAAGACUUGAUGAUUGCCAGUUUUGUUUCCAUAACGGCUUUCUAAUUUAGCUAUAUUAAGAACUCUAUUAUUCCGAGGGGUUUUUCGAACGAAUGUAAUUCAUCAAAUAAUUGAUUUUAAAUGGAACUUCGAGCCUUUUUCAUUUUAGGAUCCACAAUAGAAAACACCUUUUUGUCUAUGUCUCUGUAGCUAAAGGAUUGCUUUGUGUUAGAUAUGUCCAGGGGCGAUUCAUGGUCGGGUAGAGUUUGUUGCUCUGUGCCCCACAGCGAAACCUGUAGGAGAGCUUGCGUCACUGCCACUUCGCCGUUAGAUUUGACUCGAAAUUGCAGGCAGAGUGACGAAAUAGCCUUUUUCAGCUGUCUCGAGCGGCAGAAAACCGGCGAAGACUGCUGCAACAACUCUAAAAAUGACAAAUGUAAAAACGCGUGCUGGGAUAUAUUCCGUAGUCAACUGACACCUAACAAGUUUCAACGCCAAAGACUCAAAGAAGAAUGCGAAAACGGCAAUGAACACGUAACCGAUUGCGUGAAGGAUGUAGUCAAACUUACUCCAGUUAAAAAUUCUCAUAAACAUAUCCACUGCUGUGAUAAAUCAAACAACAUCAAAUGUAGAGAGACUUGUCGACAAGUUUUAUCGACGAAAAACAUCAUGCAAGAAAUUUUUGACGGACUGACACUAGGUGGUUGUGGCUUGCCCUUGCCACAGGAAUAUUUUUGGCAGUGUUUCCUUAAACCCGCUGUGGACGAGCCGUCCUCUGCUACCGUGGAAACUUCAAGGAUCGAAAGGGUCGGUAUGGACAGCGCCAAGUGGCACUGUUGUUCGAGAGCCAACACUAGCCAGUGCGCGAGAUUGUGUUCAAAGACUUUUACGAAAUCUUGGGCGACGUCUUGGGACGAUUUCCAUUACAAAUGCUUGAGGUCGGUGAACGAAGAAGGACUUAGAAAUUGUAUAGACGAGGUCGAUGAACCUUGCGAGUUGGGCUGCGACGGUUUGAGUUUCUGCACCAAUUUCAACAACAGGCCCACGGAGCUGUUCAGGUCGUGCACAUCUCAAGCGGACGAAGCAGCACGAAACGACGUUACCAUGUGGCAGAAUCACAACAAUAUCACCCUCCCGAUAUUGACGCUGCCGCUAAAAAACAUCCCUAAGUGCGCCAGCUUUUGGAAGGCCGUUGCCUGCACCCUUCAGGUCAAACCUUGUUCGAGACAUUCCCACGCCAACCAAAUAUGCCGCGACGUCUGUCUGCAAAUCCUUUCGCAGUGUGUCGACUGGCCUCGUCUAUCUCCAAUAUAUUCGGCCGAUUCUAUUUGCGAAACCCUAUCUCCGGACGAUCCCGACGUAUCCUGCAUCAAAUUAAACGAGUACCUUUACCCCGCAUCCGAAAUUUAUCCGAGGAUAUCAGGGCAAGUUUCUAGUCCCUGCAAGGGCAAUCCGUGCGAACCGAACGAAAUUUGUUUCAUUAACAAGAACUGCCUACACGGUAUCAACUGCAAGCCUUACAUCUGUCAGCCUGGAUGCAAGCUCGGAGAAGUGUCGCAGUAUAUGGUGCCAGAUGGGGCGUACGUCCGGAUUCCAAUCCCCAACAACCCAAAGGGAUGUUUGAAAAUCUGCAAGUGCAACAAAAACAAAAUCGAGCAGUGCCAACCGCUCCCUUGUGUGAGUUUAACGUCAUGUCUGCUAGGUAGCACGCAGCAACUUCACGGCGCCAGCUUCAACAUAGACUGUAACAGCUGCAGCUGCUACGCGGGCGAACUCAUCUGCAGCAAGAAACAGUGCGAAAGUAGCGCUUUGAGUGGGAGAAACACUGCCUACACGACGCUGCCGUGUAACUGUCCUCCUCACUAUGUUCCAGUGUGCGGACGAAACGGAAUCACUUAUCCAUCGGCUUGCUUAGCUAAAUGUGCGGGAUUGAACGACGCAGAUAUAGAACUACUUCCGUGUCAGAAUCCUUGCAAAACAACGACCUGUCCAGUCGGACAAAAGUGCGUCCCCAAUCAGCAGACUUGUUUGUCCCUUAUGCACAAACCUUGCAAGCAAUAUGAGUGCAUCAAUGGUUCUCAGAACUGUUCUCAGCUCUUCAAAGAUCCAGUCUGCGAUAUUGAAAACCGACAGUUUGAGAAUUCGUGCUUGCUCGCUCAUAGCAACGGAAAGUUGGCCUACAGGGGCCCGUGUCUCAGUCGAUGUAGGCACAAAGGACAGGUCUGCGGCAUUAAUGGAAGGUCGUACGGGUCUGAAUGCGCCGCCUUUGCGGAUUUGGUGUCCGUAGACUAUGACGGAACUUGUAUCGCCGUCGGACUUAUCACGGAAGUGAAAUCGAAACAAUGCCCGAACGUCAAGUGUCCCACCUUAGUUGAUGCCCGUUGCUUAGGAAUUACACCUCCUGGUGCAUGUUGUCCCCAAUGUGGCGGUUCGUUGCGUCUAUUGUAUUCCCGAAAACAAAUCGAUAGGGCUCUGUACGCUCUGCAGAAUCAAAGUACUGAAGCUGUAAAUCUCAAGUCGCUUUUGAAGGGGUUGGAGCGGCAAAUUCAGCUGGCUCAGUGCACGGUUAGGGGCUUUAUUACCGUAGAGACUGACAUUUUCGUGAUUGUACAAACGACAGAAAGGUAUCCUUCGCAGUUGCAACUGGAAGCUUGCGUAAGGGAGGCUGAAAAAAUUGCGAGCUUGAUCAACAUGCAAAGUCCCAGAGUAGCCAGCGAAUUGAGUCUGAGUUCGCUGACAUCAGCCACGAUAGUCCAUACUCAUAUCAGCACUAGCGGUAGUCAUGAAGUCAGUGUUUAUUCGCUACACUUGCUACUGUGGUUGACAGCCUUGUUGAAAAGUAUAUCUUGAUAAUUCGGCCCGACGAUUAUAGCUAGUCAAAGACGUGUGACAGUUACCUGUAAGUCGUGUGUUCUGGGGCUCAACCAUAAAGUUCUCAGACAAAGUGGGAACGCAUACUCUGAUCUGUGAUAUUUAUUAAGCUAGUUUUUUUUUUACUCAACUCAAUACCUGCUAGGUGCCUUAUUUUUAUGUAAUCGUUUAGAAAAAAAAGCAAUAUUUAUUGAUUUGCCAAAGACUGUUAUCGCGCUAUAAUAUUUUAACCUCACUUAAAAUGCGGUACAUGUGCACCUGUAUCUGGUGUUACCAAAAUAAACGGCGUUAAGUUUUCUUUAGAAUUUAAUUUGUUGUUGUACAGCGAUAAAAAUUUAUGAAUUGUUACAUAUCUGCCUAACGUUUCUUCAAAGUGCUCGCAUUUUGGUAACACUGGUUGCUCGGUGUUAUGUUUUAUCUGAACUAGUCUUACGAAUUUGUAAUGUACAGGAAUGGCAUUGAA